AUGAGGGCGGGAAGUGGUUCAAUUUCAAUUGUUCCAAGGUGGCUUGAAGUACUUCUAGCUUUGAAAUUCUUCAAUGCAUGUUCAAUUCAUGAAUUAGAGAAGAGGAAUGAAGAGAAUGUAUUUUGUUUGGAUUGUUGUGUUGGGUUAUGCAUCCAUUGCAUGCCUUCUCACAAAGGUCAUAAAAUUUUGCAGAUUAGAAGGUAUGUUUAUCAAGAUGUUUUAUGCUUGAAAGACGCUAACAAACUCUUAGAUUGCUCUUUUGUUCAAUCUUACACAACUAAUAGUUCUAAAGUGGUGUUCUUGCACCAAAGGCCCCGUUCAAGCCAAUUCAAGGGCUCAAACUACAAUUGCAUUCCAUGUCAUAGAAGUCUUCAACAUCCAAACAUUUUUUGCUCCAACUCAUGCAAGAGAAUUGGACUGAAAUUUGAUCCUAAUGCACUUCAAAUCUCAACCAAACAUCACCAAAUUUCAUAUUCGAAAUCCUCUCGACGUUCCGGUUCUUUUGAUAUAUCACCCACUCGAAAUGGAGCUCAUUUGCGGCAACCCGAAAAUUCAAGUUCGAAGCUUCAAGCUUUGUUCAUGGCAGUCAUGGAGGCGUUCAGUUCUUCUUCACGUUCCAGACAUCUUCUAAGCUCGAGUUCAGCUUCAAACAAUCAGCAACCAAGAAUUUAUUCAUCAAAUCCGGAAUUUGAAGACCCAGAUCUGAAAGCUUCAAGUCGAAACUCGACGUCCCUAAUGGAGUUUUUGUUUACUCGACGUCCCUCAUCAAAUCAUGUUUUCAAUAUCGACAAUGUCACAAAUCCUAUAUAA